UGUCAAUAUGAAUAAUGAAAAUUGUAAUUUAAUUGGAAUGCAAUUUAAUUCAUAUGAUGAGUUUGAAAAAUUUAUAUCGGAAUAUCAAAGAAGAAAUAAAUGUGUUUUAUCUAAAAUUGAUUCACGUUUUUUAUUAGAAAAUAGUUAUAAAAUAAAGCCAAACAUGAAAUUAAAAUAUAAAUUGAUACAUUUAGUUUGUAAACAUGGUGAACAUUAUUAUAAAUCACAAAGUCGAGGGCUUCGUAAUGUCAAGACAUACAAACUGGGUUGUCCAAUGUUUAUUCGAGUUGUAGUCUCGGAGGAUAGACAAUUCUUGAUAAUAAAAAAUGCAAACGAGUUACACCAAUAUCAUGAAGACUCAGAUGAAUUCUUCGAUUUAUAUCCUGAACAACGGAGACUAGAUCCAGACUACUGUUACGUCCCAGCCUGUAUGGCAGAUGACGUAGACUUUUACUUCCUUAAUUACCGACCUGAAACCUAACUAAUUAUAUCGAAUAUCGAUAAUCUAGUAAUUCCAAUAAUAUUUAAUUAAUCAUAUAAAAUAAUAUAAUAUAAUAAUAGAAUAAUAUUAUUUAAGACAUUUGAACGUUAAGGAUAUGAGUAAUAAUUGAUAAACUUAUUUUUCUGUAUUUUAUCAAAUAUAAAUAAGCGCUGACGCCUCGAGUUAAUCCUCGAGACGUGCAGCUGCACAAAUAUCUAUUUUGUUUAAGAUAGCUUUUGUUAAUAGAUAAGUGACUCAUUUGUUAGUAACAAAAGUGGAAAGAUCGUGAGAACUAAGUAUUUUCAAUAAAUAUUAGAAUGGAUCAUUCGAGAACAUGCGUUAUCUCGAAUGACCCCUCCAUAUGACUCGAUGCGCGGGUCUGAUGCCCAAACGUAUUGAUAAGAGUUACUCUAGUUUUUCUCGAUCCAGAGAAGUCAGUCUGAGAUAUAGAAUCAUAGAGAGCAGUCAGGCUCAAUAUUAAAAACUCAACUUUGUUCUCACAUUCUCGAAGCUAUUGUUAAGAAUAACUUAACAAUAUUAUAACAUCAGAAUUGUACGUUUCACAAAUUCUCCAACUAUCUCUUUAUUCGUUGAAUAAAACAGAUCCAGAUAAUAUAUUUAAUAACAUAUAAAAUUAACCAGU